ACCACUAGACAAAUAUUUAUCUUUCUUUUGAAAAAAUAAAAAAUAAAAAGUAUUUUGUCCAGCCUCAUUUUCAUUGAGAACGAUCAAGGAUUUUGUUUGGUGGUUGUGAAUUCCUAUCCAACCAUGUCAGGUGUGGUAGCAGGUUCCUCCUCUUCAUGCACAGCCACCUUCACCACCAGAAGAACCAUUCAAAACUCUCACCUCACAACACCUUCUAAAACACUCACUCCUCCUCGUUGCCAGAAAACAUCUUUUCAAGGUCUCUCCAUUGUUGAAGCCAAGAGGGGUGUUUCAGAUUCCUUCCUUGGUGUUGGUGAGAAUUACAAGAAUGGUUCCUCCUCCUCCAUUGCAAGAAGGAGACUUGAGAUCACUGCUAAAACUGCUGGGGCUUCAAAGACAAUUGAAGCUGAGGUUGACAAGCCACUUGGCCUCACCUUAGGCCAAAAGCCUACUGGUGGUGUUGUCAUCACUGCUGUUGAAGGUGGGGGAAAUGCAGCAAAAGCAGGGUUAAAGGCAGGGGACCAAGUCCUUUAUACUAGCAGUUUCUUUGGGGAUGAAUUGUGGCCUGCGGAUAAGCUUGGCUUCACUAAAACCGCAAUCCAAGCUAAGCCAGACUCUGUCUACUUUGUUGUCAGCAGAGGAGCUGAGGUAGAUGUUAAAAGGCUCCCAAAGCGUCCUGCUCCGCCUCGGUUUGGAAGAAAACUGACUGACGCUCAAAAGGCUAGAGCUACUCACAUUUGCCUUGAUUGUGGAUUCAUAUACACCUUACAGAAACCUUUUGAGGAGCAGCCGGAAUCAUACAUCUGCCCCCAAUGUCAAGCACCUAAGAAGAGGUUUUCUCCAUAUGAUGUAAACACUGGAAGAGCUAUAGGAGGGGGCUUGCCUCCUAUUGGAGUUAUCAUUGGACUUGUGGCUGGUCUUGGUGCAGUUGGAGCUUUGCUUGUUUAUGGUCUUCAGUAACAAAACAUUUUAUCCUAUCACAUGCUGCUAGUUUUAUUGAUUUUCUGUCCUCUAAAGCUGGCUCAAUCUCAGUGCUUGUAUCUCUGAAACUCCUUAAUGUUCAACUGAAAGUUGAAGCUUUAUGUAUGAGAUUAAACUUGUUCUGAAAUUUGCAAUUUGCAUAGGUACAUGUUAUAAUAUAAUAGCUUUGUCACUGCA